UGCUUGCUCGACAAGCUUGCGCGACCAACGUUCGUACGACCAGGGCCGACAGAGUUUUCCGGAAUUGUUCAUUCCGGUUUUCCCAAAAACCCGUUGUUCUUACACAACGUAUCACCAACACAUCAAAUAAGCGAUUCUACUGGUGCGUGCGUGCGUCUGUGCACAUUCGGUGUGGGUUUCGAGGGAGAAAGUCAUCGCAGCAUAAUUGACCCCCAGGGAGGCCCGUACAGGUCACAGCACAGUUGAUUGAAUUCUAUGCUGACAUCAGAGCGCUGACUGACCGCUUGGGUAUUGAAGAGCUCGACUGUGGGGCCGGGCAACAUGGCUAGGUUGACUCUCCAUUCGGUAUUGAUUCUUGGAACCAUUCUUACGGUUCUAGGAUCCCAGCAUUCACCGUACUCGCUGCAGACCGCAAUCGAUGCUCUCCAUCGUCGAGAAGCUCAAAUGGCCCUACGAGAAGAGGCUGCCGCCGAUCAACUUGAUGAUGAAAGUUACUGGAUGGAACCGACUGAAGAGCAGCAACAGUUCCGUCCAAACCGGCAGCGACUGAACCGUAUUCUGGUGAAUUAUCUCAGACGUGAGGAGGAACCCGAAGAGGCCUACGAUCCGUAUGAUCUAGAAGCACGAAAACGAUCCGUUUUCAGAGAGCGUGAUGAACUGGCCUCCUACCCUACCGUGUUCCGUGAACGAGAAUUGGAAAAAUCAUACCCGCGGCCGGAUUUGUCCUCCGAUUUUCUAAAAGAAGUCGAUCGGCAAGCUACGGCCGAACGUGAUGAAGAUUUCCAGGAGCGGCUGCAGCGCCUCUGGAACAAGUAUCAGCAGGAAGAGAACGAAAUCGAGCAGGAGCUAUUUGAGGACGAACUGUUGGGGUACGAGAAACGCCAAGGAUUUCCAAUGUCACAAUCGGAACCAGCACCGCUACUGUACGGCCCACCGAUGGAGGAACGUAAGCGAACACUUCCCAUCUUACCGUGGCUACCGGCGACGCGCAAGAAGCGGUUCCCCGUAGCAAAACGAUCCGCAAAGCCCGACGCGGUCCCAUCUGGUACCGAUGAGAAGGUGGCCAAGGAUUUGCAAGCCCUCUUCGGUACUCCGAUGGAACAGAAGCGUAAGCGGUCCAGCGGCCCAUCAAAUGGUCCCGUCAGCACAGUAGCGUCGGUCACUCCCACGGCCAGUGCUUCCGUUACGACGACCACUGUGAAGAGCAAGCGUGACUCGAGUGAUGAGCAUCACGAGCAUAGCUCUGAAGAAACGGAUGAUGAGCACGAUCACGACCAUGAUCACGACCACGAGGACUCGAGCGAAGAGAACGAUGGAGAUGACGAUGACAAAAAGAUACGCUCCGUUCGCAAGCGCUCCAACCUGGAGGUGGUGAAGGAAGAUCAGAUACUGCCGGGAGAUAUUGGCGAGUUUAAAACGAAGAAAUCGAUCCAAUGGAACAAAUACUUCGGCAUGGAUCGUAGGAAAAAGGAUGGCCAUGAUGGAGCCCACUCAGGAUAUCCGUUGAGCUUCUACAAAACGUACGAUCAGGAUCGCAAGAAGAAAACCAUCGACCAGGAAAAGCUGGAUAGCAUGGAUCGGAAGCUGAAGAGCAUUGAGGAUAUUAUUCUGGACCAAACCGUCAAAUAUACCGGCGAUCAUGAAGGUCUCGUCGAACCGGGUGAGCUGCAGAAGCUAAAGGACAAAGUGGUAGCUCGUCUGGCGACCGCAUACAGCAUCGAGAAGAUGCGCCACACGCUAGAAAAACUGAAGGAAUCGGUCAACGGUGAACCAAACGCGAAGGUCAACGAAGUGGAGCUCGAUUUGCAGCGAGAGGAAAAAGCCAAACGUGUUGCUGUGAAGAAGGAGAAAGCUGAAUAUGAUCAUAACCAACAUAGCAUGGAAAACAACGACAAGGUUGCGCAUGAGGAGGUGGAAAACGAUCUUGAGGAUGCUGGUGAGGAUAAGAAAAAGAAAAAGCGAACUCAAAAGCGAUACCAGGAGGUUUUCCGAGGAUUGGAGGAGCCCGAAGGAGACGACGAUUUUAACCGUGGAUUGGUUGUAGAAACUACCGAGUGUCCUCUACUGGAUGCAUUCGAACGCCGAUGUCGAGGUGUAGACGUGUUGAGUGGAGAUAUCUACCAGGAACUGUUACCGGCUUGUGGUGCACAUCAGCUUUGCUAUCUCUGUGGAGUUUCGCCGAAAGUUUGUGAUCUGCAGUACCUUUCGGAGGCGGAGAACAUUUGCGAAAAUCAAGCGGACUGCCAAUCGACCGCCCGAUCGGUACUGAUGAUACUGCGCGGAUUCCCGGGACCACAGCUGGGUCCACGUGAGUGCGCCAAAAACCCUUGCCUCUACCGGGCGAUGUUGGAGGUCGGUGUGGUUGUCAACUGAAUCUGAAACCGGCACGCAACCCACAACAACUAUAACUAUUCGCGAAUGGUCUCGAUGUGAAGUUGUGAACUGAUUGUUACCUAUGUUUAUCGUAUGAAGCUUUUCGGUGCUCCGUAUUGGCAGAACAACGAAGUGCAAUGAACGAGAUGAACAAGCACAGGCAUGGCUGUACAUUACAGGAGCGAUCUAUACGACAGCACUGAUCUAUGGUUUAGCCUAACCCAAAAACCCAUUUAUGCUAUCCCUAUGUUUUGUGUGGGGCUACGAUGAUCAGUAUACCGGCGGAUGUGUACGUAAGGGGCGGUAGGAUGGUUGUUUCUGGAUGUCCUAAGGUUUAAUGUGCCCAGAACCCAUCCUCCGAGGCUCUCGCUGACUUUGGUGUAACACGAGGUGUAAGCAUCACCGCAUUUAUCUAAGCAUAAGGAGCAACAUUUUUAAUCUCAUAUCGGUAACUAUGUAACUGUACAACACUUUAUCGGUGUCAAAGCAUAACACAGAUCAUAUGAGUGUGAAACGCAACGCAUCAUAUUCCUUCCGUUCCGUGCGUUGCUAUUAAUUGGCAGCGACUUUGUGGUCGAACCUUGUAUGCAUUCAUUAUGCAGUGAUUUAUGUUUUAUAUGUCCAUAUGCCCCAUGCAGAAGGCACCAGAUACACGUAUUCGUAUUCGUUGAUUUGCAUACCUAAUCCCCACUCGAUAGAUGUCCACAUGAUAAGAUUUUUGUCAAACAUUAUUUACACUAGACUCGCUCGUGGAAACCACACAAAACGAAACCAGGUUUUGGGGUGAAUCACUAGAUGACGCAAUUUUAUCAACAUGGAUAGAGACACUGUGGACAUACUUAUUGGAUGUAUUUUGUGAGGCAAGAGGGAUACAUGGGACGGUGGCGGUCACGGGGAACUAAACGAAACGAUACACCUGAACGCACGACGACGACAAAGAUACUUUACAACGAUAUACCCUAUGAUUGCGAUGCUAUCCAUAAACCAGGGCACGAGGAAUUCUGAAAACUCCGACAAUAAAAAAAAAUAUUUCAAACGACGAACGCGAUUCGAGGGACAAACGUAACCGAGGGUCCGGAGAUGGAUCCGGAAAAGGGAUCCGCGGUGACACUACUGAACGAGAACGGUGUGCAGCUAAGUACUUUUACUGAAAUACGGUGGGAGCUAAAUAUGUUUGGAAAUAUGACUAUAUGUAUACAACUACACUAUUCCUUCAAAAUAUCACUUAAUCAGUCAGUCUAGGUCACCGAAAAUCCACUCACUCAAGUCACGCAACUCGAAUCCAAUAGGGUAUUACAGAUGAGUGUGUGAGAGAUUAUGUGAAGUAACAAUAGACGCAAACUGGGUUUUGGGGAUGUACUUGGAAGCAGGAACUUGUAAAGAGAGGCUCACUAAAGGACUAGCUCGUUGAUUGCAGCACCAGCAGCAACAGCAUGCACCUACUAUACAAUCCCAACCUAAAUCGACCCAAAAAGCAAAUGGCAGCAGCAUUAGCAGAACACUAUACACACAAAAAGACACACAAUCAAGUGAAACACAAUGAAAUCAGUAUUUGUUGAAAUCUAAAUAAAAUCCAGACCCAGAGAUC